AAGGUUAAGGGCAUAGAAUUAUAAAUACGCCUAGUUAAGCGGCAUGAGACAGAUAACAGGUAUCACACAAUUGAGGUAACACGAUGAUAUAGCGGUAGGUAUAUAAGUGUAUAUACGGUAGGUGAAAGGCUUUGCUUAGAGUGUGUCCAAGUGCAUCAGUUGUAUUGAAUUGAACAAUGGUAAAACAACGGGAUCCCGAGGAGUUUCCUUACAAGAUUCAGGAUGUGGAAGCAGCUCUCGCGGCAGAACUCAUGGUACCUUACACAGGCGAGCGGACGGGAUUUGUUCGGGUUGGACCCAAGGGUUACUUCUUUCCCCACAAGUACAAGCAAUGCGCUGCCAGCUUUUACAAUUUGCCGAUUCGACCGGGGGACAUCUUCGUCAACACUUUCCCAAGGUCGGGGACGACAUGGGCACAAGAGUUGAUAUGGCUGCUGAAAAACAAUUGCGAUUUUGAAAAGGCUUUGGAAAUUCCACUCAAUAUGAGAUUUCCAUUUUUGGACUUUUCAAUGUUAAUUCAUCCAGAACUGGCGAGACAAAUGUACGAAGAAAACAAAGGUAAUGAAGAGAAAAUGCAUAUUGUCAAUCUCUCCACCAUGCCCGGUGACGAAAAAGUUAACAACAUGCCUUCACCACGUUUCAUAAAGAGUCAUAUCCCGAUGUCUCUCCUCCCACCCACUCUGCUAGAUAAAGCUAAAGUGGUGUACGUGGCUAGAGAUCCCAGGGACUUGGUGGUAUCCGUGUUCCAUCUGUGCAAAAUGCACAGGAUUCAUGGUGCUCCGGAUAGCUUCAAAGAGUUUUGGAACUACUUUAUUAAAGACCAACAUUACUAUUGCCCAUUAUUCGAGCACGUCAAAGAAGCAUGGAAUCUGAGGCAUCAUCCGAACAUGUUGUUCAUAUUCUACGAGGAGCUAUACGAGAACCUACCCUUUACGAUACAACGGGUAAGCAGUUUCCUGGGAACUGCCCAGUGCACGCCGCAGCAGGUCGAGCGACUCUGCGACCACCUCAGCUUCGCCAACUUCAAGAACAACAAGGCCGUCAACCACUCGCUACUCAGCAAGAUCAACUUCAUUAAUAGCGGGCAUUGCUUUAUUAGAAAAGGCAAAAUGGGCGGCUGGCGCGAUUAUUUCGACUCAGAGAUGAUAGAGCAAGCAAAAAAUUGGUUUACCGAGAAUCUUCGCGACACCGACUUGACCUAUCCUUCUAUGAAGACCGCGACUAUGGUGAAACAACGGGAUCCCGAGAAGUUUCCUUACGAGAUUGAGGAUGUGGAAGCGGCUCUCGCGGCUGAACUCAUGGUACCUUACUCAGGCGAGCGGACGGGAUUUGUUCGGGUUGGACCCAAGGGUUACUUCUUUCCCCACAAGUACAAGCAAUGUGCUGCCAGCUUUUAUAAUUUGCCGAUUCGACCGGGGGACAUCUUCGUUAACUCUUACCCAAGGUCGGGGACGACAUGGGCACAAGAGUUGAUAUGGCUGCUGAAAAACAAUUGCGAUUUUGAAAAGGCUUUGGAAAUUCCACUCAAUAUAAGAUUUCCAUAUUUGGACUUUUCAAUGGUAAUUCAUCCAGAAAUGAUGAGACAAAUGUACGAAGAGAACAAAGGUGAUGAAGAGAAAAUGCAUAUUGUCAAUCUCUCCACCAUGCCCGGUGACGAAAAAGUUAACAACAUGCCUUCACCACGUUUCAUAAAGAGUCAUAUCCCGCUGUCCCUCCUCCCACCCACUCUGCUAGAUAAGGCUAAAGUGGUGUACGUGGCAAGAGACCCCAGGGACUUGGUGGUAUCGAUGUACCAUCUGUGCAAAAUGCACAGGGUUCUUGGUGCUCCGGAUAGCUUCAAAGAGUUUUGGAACUACUUUAUUAAAGAUCAAUGUUACUUUUGCCCAUUAUUCGAGCACGUUAAAGAAGCAUGGAAUCUGAGGCAUCAUCCGAACAUGUUGUUCAUAUUCUACGAGGAGCUAUACGAGAACCUACCCUUUAUGAUACAACGGGUGAGCAGUUUCCUGGGAACUGCCCAGUGCACGCCGCAGCAGGUCGAGCGACUCUGCGACCACCUCAGCUUCGCCAACUUCAAGAACAACAAGGCCGUCAACCACUCGCUACUCGGCAAGAUCAACUUCAUUAAUAGCGAAAAUUGCUUUAUUAGAAAAGGCAAAAUGGGCGGUUGGCGCGAUUAUUUCGACUCAGAGAUGAUAGAGCAAGCAAAAAAUUGGUUUACCGAGAAUCUUCGCGACACCGACUUGGCCUAUCCUUCUAUGAAGACCGCGACUUCUCAAUAAAUGAAUACCUAUAUUUAAGUACCCACCUAGUUAUUUUAUAGCUUAGCUCCCAUGUUUAGCUUACUUUAAGCCAGGCGAUAACAGUAGAUGCUGAGUGCUGAGUACUACCACUGAUAUAAUUCGCAUCGGCAAAAUUCGUUACCACAGAAAAGCGCAGCCUAAUACCGACUAAAACCGAAUGUACAGCAAUGAAAUACAGACCUUAUUGCUUGGCGUUAAGAUUUUAAACACAAGAACAACAGAGACUCAUGCUAUCUCGCUCAUAAUUCGUGCGUACAAAACCACCAACAUACAAUAGCGGCUGUCCGCUAUUGGAUGUUGGUUGUUGCUUACGCGCGCUAUGAUUGGCUGAGAUAUUUUCUCGCCAUUCAAAAAUAAGAUUUCUGCGCAUACAUCGGCGUAACUUAUAAGAGUGGUAGUACUGUAGCAAGAUAUAAGGAGAUAAUUACAUAAUAAAUAUUAAUUAAA